AUGCUCCAAAUUCGGAGGCGAUUCGCCGCUCUUGCUUCUGAUUUGGCGUCGACGAGCGACAGAAGCAGAUAUCGACCGGUUAUUGGGCUCGAGGUGCAUGUUCAAUUGAAUACCCGAACCAAGCUGUUCUCGCGAACGUUGAACGAAGAAGCGCCACCGAAUCGGCUUGUCGGACCAUUCGACAUGGCCACUCCUGGAUGGUUGCCAGCGAUUAACAAAAAAUGCGUCAUGCAUGCUCUCAAACUAGGCAUGCUGUUGAAUUGCGAUAUUCCGAAAGCGUCGAGAUUCGAUCGAAAACAUUAUUUCUACGCCGAUAUGCCGGCUGGAUAUCAAAUAACGCAAACUGACGAGCCGAUUGCUAAAAAUGGAAAAUUCGGCUUCUAUGUGUUCGAUGACACCAUGACACCGUACUGGAAGAUGGCGGAGAUCGUGCAACUCCAAUUGGAGCAGGACAGUGGCAAAACAAUUCAUAUGGACGGCAAAUCAAUGAUCGAUUAUAACAGAGCAGGUUGUGCUCUCGUCGAAGUCGUCACUUCGCCAUGCUUUUCAACGGCUCUCGAAGCGAUUUGUUUUGUGCAACAUUUGCGGCUCAUUUUGAAGCAUUACGGGAUUUGCGAAGGAGAAUUGCACAAGGGAAAUAUUCGAGUCGACGCCAACGUCUCAUUGUCGUUUGAUAGGAAUGAAGGAGUUCGCACCGAGAUCAAAAAUAUGAAUAGUAUUCGGUGUAUUCACACGGCUAUCAAUUAUGAGAUAUCGAGGCAAUUCGAGGUACUUUCGAUGGGCGGAAGAGUUUUGAAUGAAACUAGAGGAACUGAUAGCGAAGGACGAACGGUUCAAAUGCGAGAUAAAGAGGAGGAGACUGACUAUCGAUACAUGAAGGAGCCGAAUUUGCCAAUGCUUGUGAUUAAUAAUGAAUGGAGGGAAGUAUGUGCAGAUGAGAUUCAAAAAAUGCCGAAACCCGAAUUCGAAAUAUUCCGAGAUGACGUUGGAUUUGAUGCGAGAACUGCUGUUCAUUUGGCGCGAUGCCUUGAUGCGAUGCGGAAUGGUCAGAAGGUUGAAGCUGCGGAUAUUUUGUAUUGGAUGAAAGAGCUGAAGACGAUAAUGCAGAGGUCGAAGCUCAAUUAUCCGCCGCCAGGGCGAUUCUUCGCUUCGCAAUUCGUUUCCCUUAUUCGAUUCUACAAUAGUGAGAAGCUUACGCGUCUUCGAAUGCUGGAUCUUUUAAGGACAUACUCAUGUACCGACGAGAAUCGCGACGUCACACAGUUGAUCGAAUCGGGCGAUUAUUGGAAAAUUGGUGACAAAUCGGAAAUUGAGCGGAUUGUUGACGGGUUUUUGCGAAAAAAUGAGAAGCUUUUAGCGAAAUGCCGAAAUGGACACGCGAAAAGCUUUAACAAGCUUCGAAACGAGAUAAUCGACAAAACUGACAAGAAAAUUGAAGUUGGAGAUAUUGAAAAUGCGAUGAAGAUGAUUAUAAAAUCAUAA